ACUAACUAUCCCAUCCCAUAAUAUCGCAUCUUCUCCUCUCUCUCUCUCUCUCUCUCUCUCUCUCUCUCUACACCAACCCUCCACCGUACCCAUCCACAAUGUCCACCCUCGGCCGCGCCCUCCUCACCACCACCGCAAUCAUAACAAGCACAGGCUGCUACAUCGCCGACUGGAACGCCACACACAUCUACAACCCGCUCUGGCUGCCACACGCCAAAUUCCACAACGCCCAGACCAUGGCCAUGGGUCUAGUCCUGGGGCUGCUCACAUUCUACUACACCCACGCAUCACCAUCACCACUGCUGGCCGUGAAGAAGGCAGCAAAAAGUAGAGAUAGCACGGCGGGGCACGAGGAAGAGGCGCUGGCUCUGAGUCGCGAAAUGAGGCUGCACCAGCUACGCUUCGCGGUCGUGUGCGGCUCGUUGUACUGGGUCACGCAGCUCAUGGCGUGGGUGUAUCCAGAGGUUGCGGCCGUGGAUCCGCCGGCGUCGAAGUGGUUCUUCCCUCAGGCAGGCGUGAGUGCGGUCGUGCUGGCCAUUACGGCUGCCGGGUGGCAUUAUGAGAAAAAGGCGAUCAUGGGGUUGUAAAGAGCAUGGGACUGCUGGUCGUGCGAGUGUUGUGCACUAAGGGUGUGUGUGUGUGUGUGUGUGUGUGAAGCAACAGAUUCAGGGCUAUAAUAUUGCCACAACCAGUUGCUGUUCCAUCUCGCCAUGCUCC